GGAAAUGCGAAUAAGGAACAUCCAUGAUGUUGGGUUCAUUGACCCACACAUCGUUAAUUCAUAUGUGUUAGAACACCACCCCGCCGACGUGGAGGAAGACCUGUGGCGGUUUAUUAGAAAACAGCAAGAGAAAAGUGAUAUUCUAUUUCCUUACCAUUUUGGGUUCCACUGGAUUCUUAUGGUAAUUAAAGUUCAGACCUCCUCAGUUCUCGUCCACGACUCUCUGAAUAUGGAUCCGGCGCUUUGGGGCGACAUGAGAAAAAUGUUGCAAAAGGUUUGGAGACGGUUCGUAGAUACCAAGGUCGGUGAAUUCAAAAAAGAGCUAUCUUUUAAAAUGGCAGUGCGGACGACUGGGGAUACUCAGCCACCGGGGACCAAUCUAUGUGGAUACUAUGUUUGUGAGAGGAUCCGGAGAUACUGCAAUGAGCUCAACUGGAAGCCAUGGGCCCCUCAUCGGUUCAACUUCUUCAAUUUUCAUAUAGUUGAUGUGUGA